CGGUUUCUAGAACAUAUUGGGAAUGAAUCCGUAUCUGUGGCUGAUGUGUAAUGAUGUAGAGAAAGGUUGGCGGCUGCCACCAUUGAUGUCGCUUAAAGCAAUUGACCCCAGUGAAACGUCUAUGGAGGUGGUGCUUGUUGAUAGACGUGGGGACUCUCGCCUUAAGGAACUUGAAGAUAAAGCUCAAGAAUUGUAUUGUGCUUCAGAGAAUACCUUAAUGUUGGUGGAGAAGCUAGGCAAACUUGUUGCUAUCUACAUGGGGGGCACUUUUCCAGUGGAGCAAGGAGAUAUCCACAUGUGCUGGAAAUUAGUUAGUGAGAGAUUGAGGGAAUUUCAGCAAUGCAUUGUGCUCCCUAUUGGCAGUCUUUCUAUCGGACUUUGUAGGCAUCGUGCCAUUCUUUUCAAGGUGAUGGAAUGCACUAUGCAAAGAAGUUACCAGUUGGCAGGUUUGAAGGUUGAAGUUAUGCAAGCUAAUCAUUGUUCUGAGUACUUUCUUCUCAAGAUUCUUCUAGCCGACAAGCUCUUGAGAAGGAAACAAAAUAUUGCAGGGAGGCUUACCAACAGAGGCCAACGGGAUGGAGGCUGGCGAAAAACACGAUGUAGGGCUCCUCAGAAGAGCUUGCUCUGUUUUUGA